AUGUCUGAUGAGAGCAUAUAUGAUCUACUAGGCCGGUAUCGGUGUACCACGCGCAGCAGUCUCGCAAACGGAUGCUGCCUGCUUCUGGCAGGGUCUAUGGCGGACCUUAUGAGCAACCGGAUGAUCAAUCUACUGGGCUGCCUUCUACUGGCCGUGUUCAUUCUAGAUUGCGGGGUAGCCGAAUCUGGCAUAGCAACUUCAAUGUGUCUUCCCACAGCUUUUAGCAUCUUGACCCGGACUUUACCAAUGGGUAAGCCAAGGAAUAUUGGCUUCGCUUUCUUGGGUCUAGGACAGCCUCUGGGAUUUGCGGUCGGGCUUGUAUUCGGUUUCUAUCUUUGCGCCGGCGUUACCGGGACUCUCAUGGUUAUCAACUACUUCGAACUUCCACGGGAUGCUGCCCGCGAACCCAUCACCUUGCGUAGGCUAAGAGCAGAGAUCGACUGGAUUGGCAUAAUCCUUUCAAGCUCUUGCCUAGGAAUUUUCUCCUACGUGUUCGCCUAUGUACUAUACACACCUAGCACUACUAUCUCUGACGAUCCAUCCAAUGUCCACAAAGCUCAGAACAUCGCCCUGCCUUGCUGCGCGGGCGCCAUGAUUCCUGGGUUUCGGGUCUGGAUGGGCAGGCGUGAACGGGCGGGAAGGCCUGCCUGGAUCCCAAACUCUCUGUGGAAGAAUACGGCAUUCUCGUCCAUGUGUGUCAUUGUUCUUUUCUCCUGGGCGGUGCUAAACAGCGUGACAACCAUUCUCAGUCUCUUCUUCCAAGAAGUUCAAGAGCUAUCCGGCUUCCAGUCUGCUCUUCGCUUCUUCCCAAUUGUCAUCCCUGACGUUCUCCUGAACCUGGGAACAGGUCUCUUGGUUCACCGUGUGUAUGCGAAUCACUUAGUGCUUGUGAGCUCGUUACUCAGCGCUGGGUCUCCCUUGCUCAUGGCCAUCAUUGACCCUCAUUGGUCCUGGUGGUACUGUGCUUUCUGGGCGGUUCUGCUAAGCCCCCUUUCGGCUGAUGUGAUCUUUACAAUUGCCAACCUGAUAGUCGCGGACGCUUUCACCCCCCAGACGCGCGGCCCGGCGGGUGCCGUCUUCAACACGAUCGCGGAAUUCGGAACCUCGCUGGGACUCACCAUCUUUGCCAUCAUCUCCGCGGGCGUCACGCGGGAUUCCUCGAUCGCGGACAAGCAGUCCCACGAGGCACUCAUGGUUGGCUACCGCGCCGUCUUCUGGACGUGCUUUGGGCUCAUGCUGGGGGCUUGUGGUGUUGGAUUGUGGGGGCUGCGGAAUGUUGGUCGGAUUGGGUUGAAGAGGGAGUGA